AUGUCAGACCAUGUAUCUGAAAUGUCCCCGUCGGAGGAUAAGCGUCCUUCCUAUCAAUACCCUUUCGCGACAGCACCAGACAUAAUUCGUUCACAUCAAAAGGAUGCAUACUUCGAAGGAGUUCUCCUGAACCAUCUUUCAGGUCUCCUACGUCGAUUAUAUGGAGCGAGAUUCCUACACACGUAUACCAAUGAAGCGCGAACAUUUUCCGAGUUACUAUAUCUUGGUCUCACGACCUUCAUUGGUAACCGCACUUUAGGGGAAGAGUACUGCGAUAUUGUUCAAGUUGAAGAUGACACACUUAAACUUCCUGCCAUUUCUCGCCGCGCAGGCUAUAUCUUGACUUCAAUACUUCUUCCAUAUUCUCUCACCAAGAUCCUUCCCUCAUUUCGCACACGCAUCCGCAAUAAACUCGAAGCCAACCUCCGCAAGCUUGCUCGAAAAUCACAAGAGAAGUCAUACUCUUACAAAUUUCAACAAUAUAUUCUCACUCAUCUCUCAACCAUCACGUCACCAUCACCCAUUCACGCGCUUACCCUCACAGUCUUUUAUUUCUCGGGUUCUUAUUAUGAACUCUCUAAACGCUUGUUGGGUCUACGUUAUAUCUUUACAAAGCGCAUUGCGCCAUCAGAACAGCGUGUAGGGUAUGAAGUUUUAGGUGUGCUCCUACUGCUUCAAAUGAGUGUGCAAACCUAUCUUCACCUAAACAAUACUUUUUCUACCGACAUUCCCUCCACCGCCUCCGGAAGUUCCGCCGUUCUAUCUAAUGGCGUAGAGAUUCCCCUCGACUCCCCAUCCUCCCCAAGCGAUCUCCUUGCUUCAUCCCAGGUUAUCCCCCACUCCGCAAGCUCUAUCGGUAAAACCACAAACACGCCUGUAUUACCAGGCGCAAGAUAUAAUCUGAGUGACAAUGACGUUAUGGGAUGGAUCAAGGGUGAGCAAAAUAGAAAAUGUACAUUGUGUUUGGAGGAGCUGAAGGAUCCCAGUGUGUUGGGAUGUGGACAUGUUUUUUGUUGGAGCUGUAUUGGGGAUUGGGUUAGAGAAAAACCGGAAUGCCCGUUGUGUAGAAGAGAGGUUUUGAUUCAACAUAUCCUACCAUUGAGAGGGUAA